GCGGAGAAGUUGAGCCAAACUAUUGCUAAGGAAAUGAGUGGUAAUCAGCGGAAGCCGUCAUAUAUUAUCCGCAAAACCCAAUUGUCUGACUGCGAGGAAGUCCGACAGAUCUGGAAUUCAGUCGGGUUUCAGAUCUUCAGGUUUGGCAAUGAAGUGAUGCUCCAAACGGAUCCAAACGGCAUAUUUGUGGCUCAGGACACCGAUUCCGGUCAAAUAUUAGGCGCCUGUAGUGGUGUUAACCUCUCUCCUAACCUGUCGUUUGUGGGCCAGUACGCGGUCCGACAUGAAUACCAAGGGUUAGGCAUAGGAAAGGCACUCUUUGAUACGGUUUCGGAACACAUGGGCGACAGGAAUGCCUCACUAUUUGCUGCCAAUCAGAAGAUGUAUGAGACCUAUCGCGACAAAAAUGGAUACAAAGCUGUUCCCCAAAAACGUAUACUUCAUAUGAAAGGACCGUUUAGUCCAAAGGGUCUCAUCGAUAGUAUUGAUGGCAUCUCUUUGGUUGCCAUC